CGGGACUUGGUUAAUGGUUGUGUUUAGUUUAGUGCCUCCAUGUUAAUUUUCUAACAAUUUAUUUUGAGAGUGAAAAUGAUUUAUUGUAAAAUAUGUAUGGUAAUUUAGUGAUAAGUUGUUUUAAACUAAUUAUAGAAACAUGGAACCAAUGGAAAUUGAACUGCUUCUAGUCCUUAAAAAUUUGGCCCAGGACGUGAGACAUUUUUUGUUGAGGCAGAAAAAUGAAGCUGACAAAUGUAUAGCCGAUUUCGACAAGACGCAUGACAAACAGAAAUUAUGCCACAAGUUGGCCAUUAUUUUGUGCGAAAUUAAUGCUUCUAAUAUUCAACAUGCUCGAGCUAUCAAAAACAGAAUUAAAGAUUUUGGUGAAGAAGAUGAGUUCGACACUACCAUAAAAAAACUAGAAGAUCUACUUUCGGAAAGCAGCCAUGAAACUAAUCAUGAAAAGAUUCCAAUUCCAAUCACAAAUAAACAGUUAGAGGAAUUACAACUCUCCCAAUGUAACAGCCCUGAAAUUAAUCAUGAAGAGAAUCCAGUUCCAAUCACAAAUGAACCACAACCUUCCCAAUGUAACAGCCAUAAAAUUAAUCAUGAGGAUAAUCCGAUUCCAAUCACAAAUGAACCGCAACUAUCUCAAAUUAGCAGUGUUCAUUUAGAUGAAAAUCUCUCACAGACAUCUACUGCUGAAUAUACUAUUGAAGGGGAUGGCCAAGAAAUAUUAGAUAGCCUUCCCAAAGAAAUAAACAGUCAAGACACAAAUAUAUCUCCAAAUUCUGUUCCAAUUGAGAGUUACAAUCCAGACCCAAAUAUGACAAUGCCAUUCAGUGAAAGCGACUUUGAUGUAGAGGAACUAAUAUCUUAUGAUCAUAUUUCACAAGGGUCCAGUGCUGAAGAGAACAUUUCCAAUGAAGAGGACAUGAAUCUAGAUACAACUGUUACAGAAGUUGCCAUUGCUAAUCUAGACAAAGUACCAUCUGGUGAUGUAGAUGUUGAAGCCACCAAACAAGUUUCAGAUGUUGCUAUUGAUCAAGACAAAGAUGCCGACACACCACUUCCAUCUUGUGUUGACUCAGAUGCAGUUCCAGAUAACUCCACAAAAGUUUCUGAUGAUCAAAACAAAGCAAAAUCUGAUGAGGUUGUUGCUACUGGUCCACAAGUUUCCAGUGUUUCUGUUGAUCAAGACAAAACAAAACUCAUAUCUGGUGCUGACGAGAGGGACUCUGAUGUCGAUUUUGAUGCCUCCACAGAUGUGCCCAGUGAUGCUUCUGAUCAAGACAAAUUGGUAGCCGCUGAAAGUGAUACUGAAGCUGCAAAAACGUUGCCAAAUGUUGAGAGUGAUGACCGAGCUUUGAUUGAAGAAGAGUUGAGACAAGAAUCUGUUAAUAAUGAUGGUGAUAUCUCGGCUUCUGAUUCCUCGAAUGAAGUCCAGGGACAAUCAAAGAAAAGACAAAAGAUUUCCAAUAAAGCCAAAAUGGCCAUUUUCAAAGUAAUCUCGGAAUUUGUCAGAAAGAAAAGGGAACAAGGAAAAAAUUCCAAUAGUAACAGCGAUACCAAAGAACAAGAUUCAAAUUCUGGAGACAAACCUUCAACAAAGAAAAAACGAAAGAGACGAAAAAAAACUGAUCAAAAAGCAAGCACUAGCAAAGAAGAUAAAGUUGCUAUUCAAACCAACGGCUCAAGCUCCGAUAUUGACAAUAGAACCUCGCCAGACAAUGCAAUAAACAAGAAAGACAAUGAAGAACUAACCCCUGAAAAAACUCGCUUGGAAGACACAGACUCUGAUAAGACUGAAAUAUCAGACACCGCCGAAGCUGAUCACUCAGAAGCGAUCAGCCCGUUCAAGAAGAAAACUAUAAAACCUCUUCCACCAACAUCCAGUGAUUCUGAAAAUAUUUUCACCCAGAAAAAAUCUGCCGCUAUACCACUUCCAAGUUCAAAUACUGAAGAUAGUGAUGCCUCUGUCCCAAUUCCAAGCUUGAAUAUUGAUGAUACUGAGCCAGUUAGAGGUACAAAAUCUGCCGCUGUGCCACUUCCAAGUUCGAGUACUGAAGAUAGUGAUGCCGCUGUGCCAAUUCCAAGCUUGAAUAUUGAUGAUACUGAGCCAGUUAGAGGUACAAAAUCUGCCGCUGUGCCGUUUCCAAGUUCAAGUACUGAAGAUAGUGAUGCCGCUGUGCCAAUUCCAAGCUUGAAUAUUGAUGAUACUGAGCCAGUUAGAGGUACAAAAUCUGCCGCUGUGCCACUUCCAACUUCGAGUACUGAAGAUAGUGAUGCCGCUGUGCCAAUUCCAAGCUUGAAUAUUGAUGAUACUGAGCCAGUUAGAGGUACAAAAUCUGCCGCUGUGCCACUUCCAAGUUCGAGUACUGAAGAUAGUGAUGCCGCUGUGCCAAUUCCAAGUUUGAAUAUUGAUGGUACUGAGCCAGCUAGAGGUACAAAGCGGCUUUUGAGUUCAUCCGAUGAUAGUGGUUCUGAACCGUCAAAGAAAAUUUCCGCGGAUAAUGAUGGUGACGUAGAUUUUGACGCUCCAACACAGGUUCUGGAUAGGCCUUCAACAACACCAGAUGAAGAUGGCGAUUCCAUUACACCUUCUGAUGAUACCAUGUCUAACAAAAAAAGAAAAAUCAGCGAAGCAUCAAAUCAUAGUAUCGAAUUUAAUUUAGAUGAUCAAGACAGUUUGAUUGAGUUUCCAAAUUCCCCAGACAAAAAUAAAAGCUCUGAAGAAGAGUCUAGACCAGAAGAGUCUGUAGCAGCUGAUGUGCCUAUCCCUGAAAUCCCUUCAGAUUUCUUCAGUGAAGACAAAACCGAUUUGCUUAAUAUGCUGGACGAUAAAGAGAAAGCUCAAAAUGCUCUGCAGGGUAGAACUAAUCAAGACCGAUUAUUGAAUUUAGGAUCUACCGAAAGGAAUCUGUUAGACUUGUAUGACCGAGUCAUUAACGCUGGUGGAGACGAGGAGAGUUCAGAAAACGACGAUGGAAGUGUACAUGAUGAUCGUCUUUUGUCAGCGGGCGAUGUACUAAACUCCUCUCCUGAAGAAGCGCCCAAAAGACUUAAUCUAGACAAUGCGGAACGUGACGAGUUAUUGGACUUGCUUAGCGAAACAUACCAAGAAUACCAAAUAGAGGACGGGCAAAGGACAGAUACGAAUGGGGUAAAUAGAGGUUUCUUAUUGGGAAUCCUAAAUGAUUAUGUGCAGACAAUUAGCAAUAGACAAGGAUCCGACUCGAACUCUGUCUUCCUGGACGUUAUAAUGGAGGAGAUCGCCCAACAAGGCAGCAAAAAACCAACAGACGAUGAAGAAAUAGAUGACAGCCUCGUUUGGGACACUUUUUACGAACUCAUGCAUAGUGAAGACGACUCUUUAUCGUCAUCAAGUUUAACAACCGACAUCGAUUUAGACGAUUUGGAAAUUGACUUUUCUGAUCAAGAAAGACGGGCAAAAAAAAAGGAAAAAAUUAACAUAUUAAAACAAGACUUUGGCAUAAACAAGGAGCUUCAUAUUGAUGUAGAACAAAUUGAUGUUUCUCCUUAUAUUGAUAAGGUUCUAAAGAAAACUGCUAAAAAAAUGGACGAUGACAGCUGCAUGGAGGAUUCAACAGAAAUAGAAAGGCUCUGCAACAUAGCAAAUCUCGCUAAAAAAAAAGUACAAAGGAAGAGAUUCGCAAGAUACCAUACUGUAUCUCCAAGCUCAUCUUCUUGUCGAUCACGAUCCAAUGAUUCUCGAUCAGAAUCCAAUGACUCUCGAUCAGAAUCCAAUGAUUCUCUAUCAGGACCCAAUGAUUCUCUAUCAGGAUCCAAUGCUUCUCUAUCAGUCAGAUAUGAUUCUGAUACAUAUUUAUCAGACAAUGACGUGCCGUUAUUGAACGAUGACCAGUCAAACGACGAUAUAUUCCACACCUAUUUAAUAGACAAAAUUAUUAAUAGUUCUGACGACGAACAAAGUAGAAAUGAUAGCGACGAUGAAUAUGAUAGUUCAGAUAAUGAAAAAACUAAAAAGAAAAUAUUGACCAAGAAGAACAAAAAGAAAAAAGAUGUCAACAGUUCGGGCAGUGAGAUAGAAAACGCUCAAACAGAUACUGAGGUUAAAGAUUUGGAUUCUAGCGACGAAGAGGACUUUGUGGGGGUACGAAAAAGCCGGGGACUCUGGAGGAAUGAUCCUUUGCUUGAGAGCGACUCCGACACAGAUGAUGAAAAUUCCAAGAAGAACAAGAAAAAACGGAUUAAUAUUAACUGGGAUGACGCACAUAGUGACGAUAUGGAUAGAAUAUAUCAGAAAACACCUGAUGAAGAUUCUGGAGACGAUUGUAGAGUAUUGAACAAAACGCCUAUGAAACCCAUCGUAAUUACUGACGAUGAAUCUUCAAGUAAAAAAAAUACAGGGCGAAGAAAUAUCAAACCACUGAUGGAAGACAAUGCUCUCUCAAUAUCCACUCAAGUAGCCAACAGCGAAGAAAGAGCAAGGAUAAAACGUUUGCAAGAGAGAGACGAGGAAAAAGAAUUAUUAUAUUCAAUUACAAAUAAUACUUGUAAUAUAGAGGAAGAGGAUCCUUUGAUUUUAGACACUUACAAAAACAAGGAAGUGAGAAUCCAUCCAAAAAUAACCGCAACUUUAAAAGCUCAUCAAAGACGAGGUAUUCAAUUUAUGUGGGACUCUUGCUAUGAGAGUAUCAAACAGUUAGAAAAGGGAUGGGGAGGUUCCGGUUGUAUUUUAGCCCAUUGUAUGGGCCUUGGAAAAACUUUGCAGGCAUUGGCUCUAAUUCAUGUUUUAUUCAAUUGUGCCCUUACCAAAACCAAGCAUGUGCUUGUAGUGUGUCCUUUGUCUACUGUAUCAAAUUGGAAAAAUGAAUUUAAGCUGGCUUAUCAAAAUAUUCGAAAUCCAAAUGUCAAGUUAUUUACAAUCGAGAAUGAUGGCGAUCGCCGUUUCAGAAUCGUUCAAAAUUGGUAUAAAACUGGAGGGCUACUCGUAUUGGGCUACGAGUGUUUCAGCAUCAUGAUCGAUGAGAAAAAGUGGUUAAAAUGGGGCAAAAAAGGUCUGGGCUGUUUCAAAGAUGAUAUAUUCAAAGCCUUAGUCGAUCCUGGUCCGGAUUUGGUUAUUUGCGACGAGGGUCAUCUUUUGCGCAACAAGCAAACUCAAAGAACAAUGGCUUUGAACAAGGUGAAGACCAAAAGGCGAAUUGUUUUGACCGGAACGCCUUUGCAAAACAAUUUAUUGGAAUACUAUUACAUGGUACAUUUCGUCAAACCCAAUUUGCUGGGUACCGAAAAAGAGUUCAAAACCAACUUUGUCAAUCCGAUAAGCAACGGCCAGUUUGAAGAUUCCACAGCCGAUGAUAUCAUGUUCAUGAAGAAAAGAACUCACGUGCUGCAUAAAAUACUCAACAAAACAGUUCAGAGGGUCGAAGACUCUGAACUGAAGCAGUACUUGCCAAAUUUCACGGAUCAGGCACUAUUUGUAAAGUUGAGCGAUUUGCAGGUGAAUCUUUACAAUGCCUAUUUGGAUAUGGUAAAUUCAAGGCCCGUGGUUUUUACUAGAGCUGGAGAAAUUAGCCGUGCAAACUUUUUGGGUGACAUACAAAUUCUUAGGUACAUUUGUCAACAUCCGGAUGUGGUUACUAUAGCCGAGAAAACGUCGAAAUUGAAAAUCAAAGAACAAGAUGUUAUAGACGAUGUGGAUUAUAUAGAAGAGGUAAAAGCAUUCGACAGAAAUGGAUGGUAUAAAGACUUGCUGCCUAAAGAAGGUACCAAGAAAUUGGAGAAGGGCAGUAAAAUGAUGACGGUGGUUAAUUUAGUUAAGGAAGCGGCCGAGGUUGGUGACAAAGUACUGAUUUUCGCCCAGGCCUACGCCGAAAUGGACAAUUUGGAGUGGUUCCUAUGCAAUCACUUGAAAUUCAGAAAGGGUCACGACUAUUACCGUAUGGACGGUCUAAUAAAACCUGAACGCCGGGCUGAUAUGUGCAAUAGUUUCAAUUGCAGAAAUGCUUUGAAAGUUUUCAUAAUGUCCACCAAAGUAGGAGGCUUGGGCUUGAAUCUGACCGCGGCCAAUCGCGUUAUUUUGAUGAACGUCAACUGGAACCCUUCUUACGACAUUCAAAGCGUUUUUAGGGUCUUCAGGUUUGGUCAAACUAAACCUGUCUAUGUUUACAGGCUAAUUGCCAUGGAUACAAUGGAAGAAAAAAUGUACCAAAGACAAGUCACAAAAUUGGCAAUCGCCCAUCGAGUGGUGGAUAAGCAUCAGAUAACUAGGCAUUACAGUGCUGCCGAUAUACAAGAAUUUUAUUCAGUCAGGCCUACUAUUGCUGGCGUCAGACCUGUACCGAAUGUACCUGAAGACAGGGUUUUAGCUAAACUCCUACAAAAACACAAAUUCAUUUAUCGCUGGCACGAACAUCAAGCGCUAUUAGCCAAUCGACCAGAAGAAGAUUUGGAUGAGCUGCAGAAAAAUGCGGCUUGGGAAGAAUUUAAUAGAAAACCUGAUUCUCCUCCACCUUUUACAGCGAUGGGAGAACACCCCAAUUUCUGGACAGCUUCCGCGGUACUGGCAGGACCCCCAAAUUACAGGCUUUUAGGCCCACAACACCCUGGACCAUCAGGUUUGCUUGUCAGACCACCUGGAAUGUCAAACAUUUAUGCGAGACCAUCAGGCCAAAAUUAUGGACCAAUAGGUUUGCGACCUGGACCAUCAGGACAGUAUCCUGGGACAUCAGGACAGUAUCCUGUACCACCACUAAGACUAUCGGGCCCAUCACCAGGUGUCCAAUUUAGACCAUUGAAUGCAAUAUCAGCUUCACAGCCUAGACCUUCCUUUGUUCCUGUGAAUCCAAAACUUAACGCUGUUCGUCAGAACCUGAUCAACACCCAUUUUCCAGAUCACAGCUAUUCACUACCCAAAGACAGUCUCAACACAAAGCAAAUCAUUGUAGCCCCAUUGAAUAAUCUGGCAAGUCAGCAAUCGUCUUUACCAAGGAUAAUUAAUAGUGGCAACAACACGCAAAAUGUCAGACCAACUGUUGUUGCCAGUCAGCAAUUACCUUCAUCUAGCAUAAAUAAUUUUGACAACAAUGCUCAAAAUAUAGUGGCAAAUCAGCAAUCGUCUUCAUCGAGGAUAAAUAAUUUCGGCAACGUUGUACAAAAUAUAAAAGCCAAUGUUCCGACAAAGACGACUGUGAUUAAUUUUGGUAAAGUUGUCCAAAAUUCAAGACCUACUGCAGCUUUAAACCAAAACGUUUCUGUAGGAAAUGGAGGUUCUUUAUCUCUUGAAAACCCAACGAAAGCCCCCUUUAUCCCGCCUCCAACAUCCAAUAAACAAAAUUUGACGAAAAAGCGUGACAGAGAGCCUGAGAAGCCAAAUACAAAUGACAAUUUGACUGCAAAAAGGCCUAAACUAGACCCUCAGAAUUUGAACAAUUCCAAUAAGAAUUCUACUAUAAAUCUGUCAGACCUAUCUCCUGUAAAGGCUGGUGAUAGUUUGGAGCAGAAAAUAGCAAAUGCAAUAAAUGAUGUGAAAAAGAUUAAUGGUAAAAAUGCUAGAAAUGUUACGCAAGCAACAUUGCCGCAGACUAACCAAAUAAACAAUAAUUCAUUAGUACAAAAUAUCAAUAAAAAAUCGCAGAAGGUUAAAAUACAACCAAACACGACUCUGACAACAGGAUAUAAUAAAUCUGCAAAUGAACGCUCUCAAAACAUUAUCACCCAAAAACCGGAAAAUGGCCCUCAAUUAAAUAAGUCAAAUAUAAUAAAAGCGACUCCAUUCAAGAAGUUGCCUCCAGGUUCAAAACCGCCUAUUUCUGCGAAAAUAAUCAACGUGAAGCCAACCAAUGUCUUUGGCGGUAAGUCACCAGUUAUCCUGGCUGAUGGCAUCGAUCUGACGUCGCCUCCUCCGCCAUCCAAUCAGCAGCAAUCGCCUCAAAUGAGAGAACGCGUACGGUCUUCUCUGGAUCAUUUGCGCAAGUUGCAGCAAUUGGAAAAAGCCAAAACUUCGCCAGAUCUAAAAGAUGAUCCAAAAUUGGUUGCACCAAACUUACCGAACUUCCAGCAAAACCCAAUAGGUCCUCCAUUUCCCAGAAUAAUAGGCAUGAGGCAGGGAUCGCCUGGUAGCCCAUCCACUCUAAGUGCGGCUAAAAAUCUGACCUUUGCGCACACUCCACAGAUCUCUGCUGUUGCUGCAUCGACAUCUAGCCAGAGUCCAAAAUCACAGAAUGUUCGUACGUCCAAUGGAUCUCCUCUGAGGAGAGUACCGCUGCCUUCAAAAAUUAAUGUUAACGGCAUUCCAGUGACGCUACUUAAUGGCGCUAAUACCAGCCCCAAAGUCGUCCAAUCUGGACGUGCUAAUACCAGCCCCAAAGUUGUCCAAUCUGGACGUGCAAAUACCAGCCCCAAAGUUGUCCAAUCUGGACAUCAAAGGCAAGAGCAGCAAUCAAUUCCCAUGCGAUUCUCCAAAGGACAAACCAAUGCAAAAACUCUACAAAGACAAAUGACUAAUAACCUGAACAAAAUAAUCCGGUUAUCAACCAUAUCUGGGUCCCCACCAAUUUCUUCUCAGCCCAGUAAUACCACCAAAGCAAAUCUUCAAUCUAAUAAAAAGCCUGUUGGUGAACUUGUUAGUGCCGCCUCACUGCCUAUUCUCAAUCAACUGCCAUCCACCCCCACUGAGUUUAAAUCGAACAAGGAAAAUAGGUCGAAAAGAAAGUCUUAUAAUAAUAAUGCAGAAGAAAAUCAAUCUCCUGGAUCAAGUGCCCGAGAACAGUUGUUUAGCGACUUGAAAAAAAAAGGUUUUAAUAUAAGUCCAGUUAAAAAACAUAACCCAAUUAAUAAAGAUGUAGUAAAGAAGGAUUAGAGCCAAUUAUGUUAAGUCUUUAAUUACCUAUGUUAAUUUUUCUGAUGACUGAUUUAGAAAGUUAUUAUUUAAUAAUAGUAGUUCAAAGUGUUCUCAAACUUAACUUCAUGGGUUGUAUGAUAACUUUUUAUGUAUAUUUUUGCCUCUGCCAUGUUAUCAUACAACCGAUUGAGGGAAAAGUUAGUUUAUCAUCUGUUUUAAAAAAAAAAAUUGUUUCUGGUUUUUUGUUGAUUGUUUAUUUAGUUUAAUUUAAUAUAGUAAUUCCAUUUUUCAAAUA